GUAUACACAACUAUAUUAGAUAUUAUCAAUAUUAUCAAUAUUUCAUCAAAGUGUUUCAAAAUGUUAGAGAAACUUUGGGAUGAUAUUGUUGCUGGCCCUCAACCUGAGCGUGGCCUUGACAAGCUCAGGAAGCUCACCACCAACGUCAAAGAUGAAGGAGGUAGUAGCCAGUUAAUGAGGAACUCUUCUCUGCCUUCAACGCCGACAACCCCAGGGACUCCGGCAACACCUCCAUCGGCGCGUAAAGUUGACAACGUUUGGAGGAGCGUGUUCAAUCCUGGGAGUAACUCAGCCACUAAGACAAUUGGUGCUCAUGUUUUUGACAAACCACUCCCCAACACCCCCACUGUCUAUGAUUGGAUGUAUAGCGGUGAUACAAGGAGCAAGCACCGCUAGCUGAUGUGGCACCAAACUCUCCCUCGGUUGCAUGUAAAUAUUCUCCUGUUUUCUUGAUCAACUGCCACGUGUUGCUACUUGAUUGGUCUCUUGAAGAUUGAGCAGCGUGUUUGUUUUUCUAAUAUUACCAUCUGAAUCUUAAUGUAAAAUGCUUAAUUUAUAGUAUGCUUUAAUUUGUUUUGAAUUUUAAUUUUGUUAUCCAGCUCUUCCCUUAACUUUGCUUUUUUGUUUUUUCUCCUUCAGCAAGUGAUGAGUUAAAAUAAAAGUAUGUUUAAUUAGAUUUGACAUUUUUUUUUGGUGCAUGUGUUUACCAUUUUCUAAUAUUGUAAUAAAUGUGAUGGGGUGACCUAGUGUCAUAAUGUAACUAUGCAAUUUCACAUCAGUAUAAACUCGGGUUGUAAUAAUUUCAUAUAUAGUGAGGUGAUACUAUACUAGUUUCAUCUUUAUGGAUUGGAACUCUA